AUGGCAAAGUCUUCAAAAAAAGCCAAAAUUAGAGCUAAAAGAGAAGAAGGAGAAGUCGCUCAGAUUCCUGAAUCUUUACAAAAUAUUUCAUUACCAAGAAUCAUUGAUAUCGAAACAUUCAGAGAAGCUCGCAAAAUCGAAUUAAAUCAUUUUUUGACUGUUUUAAGCCAAAAAGCUGCUGCAGGUGGCAAUCUAGGCAGCAAAAAAUCCUUCCAAUUGCUGCCAAAACACAUGAGAAGAAGAGCUAUGUCUCAUAACUCCUACAGAGUCCCUGCAAGAAUAAGAGUUGCUAUCCAUAGUGCAGCUGCAAUGAAGCAGCCAUGCAGAAAGCGGCGAAGACACACAAGGACAAUGCUACUUGACUAUGAAAGAAGGAACAAAAAAGCAAUUUGGCUUGAAACUCACAUAUGGCAUGCCAAAAGGAUGAAAAUGAUAGAAAAAUGGGGGUAUAAGAUAGCGCUUCAUCCGAAUGAUAAAAGUAUUAGAGCUGUCUAUAGGUUUGCUUCUCAUAAUUGUGUGGUUUAUGAUAGGUCUUAUUAUAUCUCAUUGAUACUGAAAGAUAAGAACUUUAUUGAAAGCCACGUAAAAGUUGAGAAGAAAUGUGGAUUUCAUAGAGAAGGGAGUAUAAUGGAUGGGGAGAAAUUAAUAUGUCCUGUUGAGAUUAUUAUGAAGGAAGAGGAAUGAGUGAUAAUUAUACACCCUGCUUCAUAUAAAGAAGUAAAAGAGCUGCUUGAAAAAGAAAAUGUUUACCAUAUAGAUCUAAAAGAUAAGGUUGUGAUAUAUAGCUUUAUGGGACCAAAAAGCACAGAGCUAUUAGCAUCUGUAAUGAAUAUUAAAGAAAGCAAUAUAAAUGAAAUUAUUCAAGAUUUAAAACAAUUUAAAAAUCUUGCAUUUCCAAACGGUGCUGCAAUAGGGCUAACUUUAAUGAUGAGCAAAAAGCACCAAAAGAUUCGAACUAUGCCAAAGCAGCUGUGCUUAACAGCAGAAACUUCCAACAUCAUACCUUCUCAACCAUCUAUAAACAUUCUUAAAAUGAUUGUCAAGUGGAAUCCAUCUAUAAGCAACACUCCUUUAUGGGAUACUUUAAAAGGCUCACCUGAGAAAUCCCAUGUGCCUCAAAAACUGACAACUAGGAAUUCUAAGUCUAGGUAUCCAAAAGUCCCAAAAAUCCCAGAAAAGCAAGAAAAUCAGCCAAUUAAAGAAGCUCCACAAAUAGAAGAAUCUGAAAAAAUGGAAAUUGAAGAGGUUGAAACAGUAAAUAAAGAAUCAGUCGAAAUGGAAAUUGAAGUAGAAAUCAGCGAAAAUGAGCAAUUUGAAGUUAAUGGGAUUUUAGUUUUCAGGAAAAGUAAAAUGGCUCGAGGCUUCGCUGAAGGCUGAGAUCUAAUACUGCCAUCAGGCAAUGGACCUGAAUUCUGAAGGUAAAAUAUACAUAGAACUUGCAUCUAUUCUGGGGCCAAAGCUAUUGGGCUUAGAGAUUAUAAUGCAAUUAAGCUAGAGCAAGCUAUUCCAUCAUAUCCAGACGAUUUUCCUACCACUUCAGCAUACCAAACAUAUGCUCAAGAGCAGGCAAAAAUUGACGUGGAGAACUAUUUUAAGAGACCUUCUUCUAAACGUGUGAAUUUUGAAAGAAUUUCAAUGCCAUUCCCAUUUUACUCUGAUUGAUUUGGGAUCUUAGGUGUCACAUCAUAUACACAGCUUAAGUUAAUACAAAUAAAAUGCCAUAAUAGAAUCCCACAGCGGCGAGCAUUACUUUGUAAACCUGCCUCUGAAGAUUUUAUAUGCUUGCUAAAUUUAUAUUUUAUAUAAGCAUCAUUACAGAAAUAUUAUUUUAUAUAAAUUUCAGUAUUAGAAACAUGUUAACUUAUUAAUAUGAACUUAGUAACAGAAUAGACAAAAAAGGCCCAACUUUUCAAGAACCUUUAUCAGAAAAGUCAAAAUUAAACCAUUUGUGGACUGUAGAAGACUUCGGGAAUUUUAAAGCAAAUUUGUCAAGGCAAGUCGUAGGGUUUAUUACUUCAGGAGGUUUCAGCUUUAUCAAAGCAAGGGGAUUCGGGAUUGGGUAUAUCCAAACAAACUAUGACUCAGAAAUAACUGACAAAAUCCUGUUCAGGAACCCCAAGUCAAGAUUUUAUCAUUUAUGUGAAAUUAAAAGGCUAUAA